CGACAUCACGACAAACUACGGCAGUAUUUGACAGGCGGGCGCGGAAUUUGUAAACAAAAUUCGUUUCCAGUAGUCGGACUUUCGGAGAAAUAACACGUGAAGUCUUUGUCUGGGUUCUGUUAACUGGCUCGCAGCUUGUUUAUUUAAUCGACGGGGGUGUUUCGGAGUUCAACAAAAGGUGACGUGGUUUCCUUUUGGACACUUCGCUAUUGGUUCUAGCUAACACUUUUAGCUAACAUGCUAACAGUGGAAGAACUGCAGGGGAACUGUGUGGAGAACAGGCUGCUUUAUGUGGGUAGAGGUUAGGCAUGCAAGUAUCGAGCCUCCUCACUAAAUAUCUGCUUCGACUGGGACGACAGAGAGCAGGUGUCCAGCUGAGGUGUUGUUCUGCGGCCACGGUAGACAUGAACCGGAGCAGAGGUCAGAUCAAGCGGGUGCUAUGCGUGGCCGAGAAGAACGAUGCAGCUAAAGGCAUCUCUGACAUCAUGUCCAAUGGAGGUUUCAGGAGGAGGGAAGGACUGUCCAAGUUUAAUAAGAUCUAUGAGUAUGAAUACAAUCUUUUUGGUCAGAAUGUGACAGUAACAAUGACAUCAGUGUCAGGCCAUCUGCUGGGUUUUGAAUUUCGAGCCCCAUUCCAGAAAUGGCACAGCUGCAAACCUGUGCUGUUGUUUGAUGCUGAUGUUGAAAAGUACUGUCCAGAUAGCAUGAUAAAUAUUAAGCGUACACUAGAGAAAGAGGUGAGACAGUGCCAGGCCUUAAUUAUCUGGACUGACUGUGACCGAGAGGGAGAGAAUAUUGGCUUUGAAAUAAUCAACGUCUGUAAAGCAGUGAAGCAAAAUUUGCAACUGUUCCGGGCGAAGUUUUCUGAAAUCACGCCCAAUUCCAUUCGUCGAGCUUGUGAGACCCUUUCUGACCCAGACAUUAACAUCAGUGAUGCUGUUGAUGUCCGCCAGGAGCUUGAUCUGCGGAUAGGCGCAUCCUUCACCCGAUUCCAGACCCUUCGCCUGCAAAAGAUCUUCCCGCAGUCUCUGGCCAAUCAGCUCAUCUCUUAUGGCAGCUGUCAGUUUCCCACGCUGGGCUUUGUGGUGGAACGUUUCAAGGCCAUCCAGGCUUUCAUUCCUGAGACUUUCUAUAAGAUUAAAGUGCUGCACGUGGUGGAGGAGGACACUGUUGAGUUUGGAUGGAAAAGAAACCGUCUCUUCAACCACACAGCUUGCUUAGUGCUCUACCAGAUCUGCAUGGAGGAUCCCACAGCAACAGUCACAUCAGUAACCAGUAAGCCCAAGAGCAAAUGGAGGCCGGUGCCUUUGGACACAGUGGAACUGGAAAAACUGGCAUCUCGGAAGCUGCGAAUAAGUGCUAAAGAGACCAUGAAAAUAGCAGAAAAACUUUACACACAAGGGUAUAUCAGCUACCCUCGUACGGAAACAAACAUUUUCCCAGCAUCUCUUGCUCUAGCCCCGCUGGUGGAGGAGCACGUGCCGAGCCCUGACUGGGGCUCGUUUGCCCAAAGGGUGCUUGACCAGCCUGGGGGUCCCAACCCGCGACAGGGCAAAAACUCCGACCAAGCACAUCCCCCUAUACACCCCACUAAAUACACACACACACUGCAGGGCAACGAAGGACGUGUGUAUGAGUUCAUUGUCCGGCACUUCCUGGCUUGUGUAUCCCAGGAUGCUCUGGGGCAGGAAACCAUUGUGGACAUAGACAUUGCUCAGGAGAAGUUUUUCACUUCGGGACUCAUGAUCAUUGCGAGGAAUUACCUCGAUGUUUAUCCUUAUGACAAGUGGAGCGCGAAGGUGAUUCCAGUGUAUGAACAAGGAUUUCAGUUCCAGCCCUCUGCUAUAGAAAUGGUGGAUGGUCAAACGAGUCCUCCACAGCUGCUCUCUGAAGCUGACCUCAUAUCAUUGAUGGAGAAGCACGGCAUUGGUACAGAUGCAACACAUGCUGAUCACAUAGAAACCAUAAAGAGUCGCAUGUACGUGGGCCUUACAGCUGACCAAAGGUUUCUACCUGGGGAGCUUGGCAUGGGACUGGUGGAGGGUUACAACGCCAUGGGCUAUGAGAUGUCAAAACCCCACCUGCGGGCUGAAUUGGAGGCGGACCUCAAGCUGGUGUCAAAUGGAAGGAAGGACAAAUGGACCGUGUUACAGCACCACAUUCAGAAAUAUAAAGCUGUCUUCAUUGAGUCCGUCAGGAAGGCGAAGAAGUUAGAUGAAGCACUGUCGCCAUAUUUGGGGCCUGCUCAGGAGAUCCCUGAAGAUGAGGAGCAAGACCUGGAGAUCCCAGUGCCUGUCAGAAAGUGCCCGCAUUGUGGACUGGACAUGGUGCUGAAGAGGAAGAGGGAAGGAAACAGCAAGUACCUGUCCUGUGUGGGCUUCCCAGUCUGCAAAACAGCUGUAUGGUUUCCUGACACGGUGCUGGAGGUCAGCAGGGACGAUAGCAUUUGUUCCACCUGCCAGCCGCGGCCUGUUCACAUGUUAAAGUUAAAGUUCCGCAGGGGAAGCCUACCCGCCAUGAUGCCCUUAGAGUUUGUUGGCUGUAUCGGUGGAUGUGAUGAGACUCUUAGAGAGGUGCUGGACUUAAAAUACUUGAUGUCAGGAGCAGGGGGAAGAGGUGAUGAUCCCCGACCAAGUACCUCAAGACCAGCACCAGCCCGAGCGCCAAUUUCAAACCCCAGACCUUGUGCUCCACCUUCUGCCCUCUCUUGGCCCCCGCAACCUCGUCCACCACCAGGGGGCAGUAGCAUUAGCGCACAAAACAACAAUGAUGUCAUUGUGUGUAACUGUGGACAAGAUGCAAUCCUGCUGACUGUGCGCAAAGACGGCCCCAACCAAGGUCGCCAGUUUUACAAGUGCAAUUCAGGAACUUGUAAUUUCUUCCUUUGGGCUGAUGAACCAAGCCAGCAGGUGGCUCAGCACAGUCGAGGGCCCCCGCCGCCGCCUCCACGACCAUCUUUGGGGUUCAGGAACGCCGCGUGGGGAGACGGUGGCGGCCGGCCCGAGGGGGGGUCAGGAGGGGCCGUGUGUAACUGUAACGAGGCAGCAGUGACGCGCACCGUGAUGAAAGAUGGACCGAACAAGGGACGAACGUUUCAUGUUUGUGGGAAACCCAGAGAGCAGCAGUGUAACUUCUUCCAAUGGGCUGAUGAAAACUCCCCACCACAAGGUGGCGUUGGAGGCGGCGGAUUUAACGGGGCGAAGAAGGGAAGGAAGAUAACAGGGGACAAACCCCCCGCUGCCAAGAAACCUCGUUCCUGCGGCAUCUGCCACAUACCAGGUCACACACGAGUCACCUGUCCUCAGCGGUGACAGCAGUGACCCCCGCUCGAUUACAAGUCUCCAUCUUUCACACAGAAUGAAAUCCUGAAAGAGACCCUUACGUGCCUUUACACAGUUAUUCUAAUAACAUACGGUCAAGGAUCAAGUUUUUUGUCUGCACAUAUUACACUGGGGCCCGAGAAAAAGCCCUUUGAGGGAAGGAGACACUUUUAAAUCUGCACGUAGCUACUGCAGCUAAAGGAUUGGCAAGAGUUAACAGCUGCCCUUGGCGCCAAUGAAACAUCCAUUCAUUGCCUUUCUCUUUAUUUGUCAUUUUGCAUGCAGCCACUAGUAGAACGACACUCUGGUUUGAGCAGAGUUGUCUUUCGUUUUACAGGAAAAUGCAUGUCAUUUUCUCUACAUUUUGCCAUUUCUGUCUUUUUUUAUAAACAAAUAUUUGUGAAAGUUAACUUGGCAGUGAAUGGGGAAUAUUACUGUUAAUAAGGUUAUUCAUCUCAAAAUAAUUCCAAUUUUAAUAUGAUAAACUGAUAAUAAAUGUGUAUAUUUUAGAGCA